AGACGUAAGGCUUGCAGCAGGCCAAGGAGGAGGAAGAAAGGGCAGUGGGAGCACAGGAGGUGUCUCCCACCUCAGUGAGAGCUCUGGGGGUCUCUGCCUGAAGAGGAACAGGGGUCUGAGCUCGGGGAAGGGGCUCUGGAAUGCAGCCCCCUUCACUGCUGCUGCUGCUGCUGUCAUUGCUGUGUUUCUCUACUGUUAUGACCAGAGGGCUGCUGUGCAGGAGUUCCUCAGAACCCUGUGCCAAUGGAGGCACCUGCCUGAGCCUGUCUCAGGGGCAAGGGACCUGCCAGUGUGCCCCUGGCUUCCUGGGUGAGACAUGCCAGUUUCCUGACCCCUGCCUGGGGGCUCAGCUCUGCCAGAAUGGGGGCAGCUGCAAAGCCCUACUUCCCGCCCCCCCUGGGUCCUCCAGCCCUCCCUCUCCAUUGGCCCCCAGCUUCUUCUGCACCUGUCUCCCUGGCUUCACUGGUGAUAGGUGCCAGACCUGGUUGGAAGACCCCUGUCCUUCCUCCUUCUGUUCCGAAAGGGGCCGCUGCCACAUCCAGGCCUCAGGUCUCCGGCAGUGCUCCUGCAUGCCUGGGUGGACAGGCGAGCAGUGCCAGCUUCGGGACUUCUGCUCGGCCAACCCCUGCAUCAAUGGAGGGGUAUGUCUGGCCACAUACCCCCAGAUCCAGUGCCGCUGCCCACCUGGCUUCGAGGGCCAUGCCUGCGAACAUGAUGUCAACGAGUGCUUCCUGGACCCAGCACCCUGCCCCAAAGGCACCUCCUGCCAUAACACCCUGGGCUCCUUCCAGUGUCUCUGCCCUGCAGGGCGGGAAGGUCCACACUGUGAGCUGUGGGCAGGACCCUGCCCUGCCAGGGGCUGUCCAAAUGGGGGCAGCUGCCAGCUGGUGCCAGGGAGAGACUCCACCUUUCACCUUUGCCUCUGCCCCCCAGGUUUCACAGGCCCAGACUGUGAGGUGAAUCCAGACAACUGUAUCAGCCACCGAUGUCAGAAUGGGGGCACUUGCCAGGAUGGACUGGGCACCUACACCUGCCUCUGUCCAGAGACCUGGACAGGCUGGGAUUGCUCCAAAGAUGUAGAUGAAUGUGAGGCCCAGGCUCCUCCUCGCUGCAGAAACGGGGGCACCUGCCAGAACUCAGCAGGCAGCUUUCAUUGUGUGUGUGUGAGUGGCUGGGGAGGAGCGGGCUGCGAAGAGAACUUGGAUGACUGUGUUGCUGCCACCUGUGCCCCAGGAGCCACCUGCAUUGACCGUGUGGGCUCCUUCUCCUGCCUCUGCCCACCUGGACGCACAGGCCUCCUGUGCCACCUGGAAGACAUGUGUCUGAGCCAGCCGUGCCACCAGGAGGCCCAGUGUAGCACCAACCCCCUGACGGGUUCCACGCUUUGCCUGUGUCAGCCAGGCUACUCAGGGCCCACCUGCCACGAGGACCUGGAUGAGUGCCAAAUGGCUCAGCAAGGCCCCAGCCCCUGUGAACAUGGCGGCUCCUGCCUCAACACCCCAGGCUCCUUCAACUGCCUCUGUCCUCCUGGCUACACGGGCUCCCGUUGUGAGGCCGAUCACAAUGAGUGCUUGUCCCAGCCCUGCCACCCAGGAAGCACCUGCCUGGAUCUCCUUGCCACUUUCCACUGCCUCUGCCCACCAGGCUUAGAAGGGCGGCUCUGCGAGGUAGAAAUCAACGAGUGUGCCUCAGCUCCUUGCCUAAACCACGGUGACUGUCACGACCUGCUCAACGGCUUCCUGUGCACCUGCUUGCCCGGAUUCACCGGCACCCAGUGUGAAGAAGACAUUGACGAGUGCAGGAGCUCUCCUUGUGCCAACGGCGGACAGUGCCAGGACCAGCCUGGAGCCUUCCAUUGCAUGUGUCUCCCGGGCUUCCAAGGGCCACGCUGUCAGACCGGGGUAGAUGAGUGUCUGAGUGGCCCUUGCCCCACUGGAGCCAGCUGCCUUGAUCUCCCAGGAGCCUUCUUUUGCCUCUGCCCCGCUGGUUUCACAGGUCAGCUUUGUGAGGUUCCCCUGUGUACCCCCAACCUGUGUCAGUCCAAGCAGAUAUGCCAAGAGCAGAAAGACAAGGCCCACUGCCUCUGUGCUGAUGGAAGCCCCGGCUGUGCCCUCACUGAGGACAACUGCACUUGCCACCAUGGGCACUGCCAGAGAUCCUUAUGCAUGUGCGAUGUGGGUUGGACGGGGCCAGAGUGUGACGCAGAGCUGGGGGGCUGCAUCUCCACUCCCUGUGCCCACGGGGGGACCUGCUACCCCCAGCCCUCUGGCUAUAACUGCACCUGCCCCACAGGCUACACAGGGCCCACUUGUAAUGAGGAGGUGACAGCUUGUCACUCAGGGCCCUGUCUCAAUGGCGGCUCUUGCAGCCCCAGCCCUGGAGGUUACUACUGCACCUGCCCUCCAAGCCACACAGGGCCCCAGUGCCAAACCAGCACUGACCACUGUGCACCUGCCCCAUGCCUCAAUGGGGGUACCUGUGUGAACAGGCCUGACGCCUUCUCCUGCCUCUGUGCCACGGGCUUCCAGGGCCCACACUGUGAGGGAAGGAUUCACCCCAGCUGUGCAGACAGCCCCUGUAGGAACAAGGCGACCUGCCAAGACAGCCCUCAGGGUCCCCGCUGCCUCUGCCCCCCUGGCUACACAGGUGGCAGCUGCCAGACUCUGAUGGACUUAUGUGCCCAGAAGCCCUGUCCACACAAUUCCCACUGCCUCCAGACUGGGCCCUCCUUCCGGUGCCUGUGCCUUCAGGGAUGGACUGGACCUGUCUGCAACAUUCCACUGUCCUCAUGCCAGAAGGCCGCGCUGAGCCAAAGUAUCGAGGUCUCUUCUCUUUGCCAGAAUGGUGGCCUCUGCAUCGACAAUGGCCCCUCCUAUUUCUGCCACUGCCCCCCUGGGUUCCAAGGCAGCUUGUGCCAGGAUCAUGUGAACCCAUGUGAGUCCAGGCCUUGCCAGCACGGGGCCACUUGUGUGGUCCAGCCCAGUGGGUAUCUCUGCCAGUGUGCCCCAGGCUACAAUGGACAGAACUGCUCAAAGGAACCUGAUGCUUGUCAGUCCCAACCCUGUCACAACCAUGGAAUCUGCACCCCCAAACCUGGAGGCUUCCACUGUGCCUGUCCACCAGGCUUUGUGGGGCUACGUUGUGAGGGGGACGUGGAUGAGUGUCUGGACCAGCCCUGUCAUCCCACAGGCACUGCAACCUGCCACUCUCUGUCCAAUGCCUUCUACUGCCAAUGUCGGCCUGGACACACAGGCCAGAGGUGUGAGGUGGAGAUAGAUCCUUGCCAGAGCCAGCCCUGCUUUCAUGGAGGGUCCUGUGAGACCACAACAGGACCACCCCUGGGUUUUACCUGCCACUGUCCCAAGGGUUUUGAAGGCCCCACCUGUAGCCACAGAGCACCUUCCUGUGGUCUCCAUCAUUGCCACCACGGAGGCUUGUGCUUGCCCUCCCCUAAGCCAGGCUUCCCACCCCGCUGUGCCUGCCUCAGUGGCUACGGUGGUCCUGACUGCCUGACCCCACCAGCUCCUCAAGGUUGUGGCCCCCCCUCCCCAUGCCUAUACAAUGGCAGUUGCUCAGAGACCCCUGGGCUAGGGGGUCCAGGCUUUCGAUGUUCCUGCCCUCCCAACUCUCCAGGGCCCCGAUGUCAGAGGCCUGGAGCUAAGGGGUGUGAAGGCAGAGGCGGAGACGGGGCCUGUGACGAUGGUUGCAGUGGCCCGGGAAGAAACUGGGAUGGAGGGGACUGCUCCCUGGGGGUCCCAGACCCCUGGAAAGGCUGCCCGUCCCACUCUCAGUGCUGGCUUCUCUUCCGGGAUGGAAAGUGCCACCCACAGUGUGACUCUGAAGAGUGUCUAUUUGAUGGCUACGACUGUGAGACCCCUCCAACCUGCACUCCAGCCUAUGAUCAAUACUGCAGCGAUCACUUCCACAAUGGGCACUGUGAGAAAGGCUGCAACACUGCAGAAUGUGGCUGGGAUGGAGGUGAUUGCAGGCCCGAUGAUGGGGACCCAGAGUGGGGCCCCUCCCUGGCUCUGCUAGUGGUGCUGAGGCCCCCAGCCCUGGACCAGCAGCUGCUUGCCCUGGCCCGGGUGCUGUCCCUGACUCUCAGGGUAGGGCUCUGGGUGAGGAAGGAUAGUGAUGGCAGGGACAUGGUGUACCCCUAUCCUGGGGCACGGGCCGAAGAGGAACUAGGAGGUACUCGGGACCCCUCUCACGAGAGAGAAGCCCCUCAAACACAGCUCCUGGGCAAGGAGACGGACUCUCUCAGCACUGGGUUUGUGGUGGUGAUGGGUGUGGAUUUGUCCCACUGUGGCCCUGAACACCCGACACCCCCCUGUCCCUGGGACCCUGGACUUCUGCUCCGCUUCCUUGCCGCAAUGGCUGCAGUAGGUGCCCUGGAACCACUACUGCCUGGACCCCUGCUGGCUGUCCACCCUCAUGCAGGCACUGCACCCCCUGCCAACCAGCUUCCCUGGCCUGUGCUGUGCUCGCCAGUGGCUGGGGUGGUUCUCCUGGCCCUAGGGGCUCUUCUUGUCCUCCAGCUCAUCCGGCGCCGACGCAGAGAGCAUGGAGCCCUCUGGCUGCCCCCUGGUUUCACUCGAAGGCCUCGGACUCAGCCAGCUCCCCGCCGACGCCGACCCCCACUGGGGGAGGACAGCAUCGGUCUCAAGACACUGAAGCCAGAGGCAGAAGCUGAUGAGGAUGAAGUUGUGAUGUGUUCAGGUCCUGAGGAGAGAGAGGUGAGUCAAGUUGAAGAAACGGCCCCAUCCUCCAAGUGUCAGCUCUGGCCUCUGACUGGUGGCUGUGAGGAGCUCCCUCAGGCAGCUAUGCUGACUCCUCCCCAGGAAUCUGAGAUGGAGGCUCCUGACCUGGACACCCAUGGACCUGAUGGGGUGACACCCCUCAUGUCAGCAGUUUGCUGUGGGGGAGUAGAGUCCAGGACCUUCCAAGGGGCAUGGUUAGGAUGUCCUGAGCCCUGGGAACCUCUUCUGGAUGGAGGGGCCUCUCCCCAGACUCACACCGUGGGCACUGGGGAGACCCCCUUGCACCUGGCAGCCCGAUUCUCCCGGUCAACCGCUGCCCGCCGCCUCCUUGAGGCUGGAGCCAACCCCAACCAGCCAGAUCGGGCAGGACGCACUCCCCUUCACGCUGCUGUGGCUGCUGAUGCUCGGGAGGUCUGCCAGCUGUUACUUCGAACCAGACAAACUGCAGUGGACGCGCGCACAGUGGACGGCACCACACCUCUGAUGCUGGCCGCCAGACUGGCGGUGGAGGACCUGGUUGAAGAACUGAUUGCAGCCCGAGCUGACGUAGGGGCCAGAGAUAAAUGGGGGAAAACCGCGCUGCAUUGGGCCGCUGCCGUGAACAACGCCCGAGCCACCCGCUCCCUUCUCCAGGCCGGAGCCGAUAAAGACGCCCAGGACAGCAGGGACCAGACGCCGCUGUUCCUGGCGGCCCGGGAAGGAGCGGUAGAGGUAGCCCAGCUGCUGCUGGGGCUGGGGGCGGCCCGGGAACUGCGAGACCAAGCUGGGCAGACACCCGGAGACAUCGCCCGCCAGCGUAACCACUGGGAUCUGCUGACGCUGCUGGAAGGGGCGGGGCCGCCGGAGGCGCGUCAUAAGGCCACGCCGGGCCGCGAGGCUGGGGCCUUCCCGCGCGCACGGACCUCGUCAGGAAGCGUGCCGCCGCACGGGGGCGGGGCUCUACCGCGUUGCCGGACGCUGUCAGCCGGAGCAGGCCCGCGUGGGGGCGGAGUUUGUCUGCAAGCCCGGACUUGGUCCGUAGACUUGGCCGCGCGCGGGGGCGGGGCCUACUCGCAUGGCCGGAGCCUUUCCGGAGGAGGAGCAGGAGGAGGCCCGCCCCCACGCGGCCGUAGGUUUUCUUCAGGCAUGCGCAGGCCUCGGCACAACCCCGCGAUAGCGCGAGGACGAUCCGGAGUCGCUGCCGGGCGCGGGGGCAGAGCCUCAGGGGAUGACUGGCCCUGUGAUUGGGUGGCCCUGGGAGCCUGCGGUCCCGCGUCCAACAUUCCGAUCCCGCCUCAUUGCCUUACUCCGUCUCCAGAGCGGGGGUCCCCUCAAGUUGUCUGGGGUCCCCCAGCCCACCAAGAAAUACCCGUAAACCCAGGAGGAGAUGAUAAGAAAUAGAAGGCUACGUGGUGGGGGAAGAGUUCUAAAAACGAAUACCCAUAAAUGACCGGCAGUCUAGAAACCUUUCCAGGUUUUAAGAUGGAGCCCCAAAAGUGAGGGGUCGUAAGUUUAGCUUCCCUCCUAAAAUGAGUGUAUGCCCACCAGAACAGGUAUCAUCCACGUAGAGAAGCCGCAGCUCUGGAAAGAAGAUUUAGGAUGUGGGAUGAGGCCGACCUGGUCUCCCAGAAAAUAAGAUUGAGAGGCUACAGGAGGGAAGAGUGGAAUGAAUAGUACCCCUAAACUGGAAUCAAGAACUGUAGGCAGAAAGGAUAUAAGAUAUUCUUUCCUGUAUAUGGUUUCCAAAGGGAGCCUCUAUUAUCCAUUGUCCCCUCUGCCCACAAGAGGCUGAUAUAUUUAUUGAGCAACUACUAUGUGCCAGGCACUGUGUAGAUACUGAAAAGUGGCCAAGGGCCACCCCAGCUGAUGACUCCUUGCAUUCCUUCCCCCACUCCCAACAAACUCCACUGCAGGGAUGAAAUGCCAUUCUUCUACCCACUGCUAUCUCUAAGAACCCCAAAUUUGCCACCCAUAAUAAAACAGAUUUGAAGUGUUA